AUGAUCCCUUCAGUUCCAGGGUAUAAUCUCUACCGUGGAAAUGGAAAAGGAAACACCACAAGCGCUACCUCCGGCUCGGGAAAUGGCUCUGGUGAUGAUGCAACUGGUUCAUACUUUGCGCACUCAAAUGCGAAAAGAAUCAAUACCGAUUCGGUUUUCACUUCAGCUCUUGGGAAGCAGUACCCUGAUCUUGACCUUAUCGUGGUUGAAGAGUACCAAUGUAACCUCUUAGCCUUUGCUGGUGCCGGCCACGCAACCUUUCAUGCCAUCCACGAAAAGGGUAAUCUUCCUUCCUCGCUCGAAAAGACUUUCUACCUACGACCCUCUCGACGGAUGGAUGGCAAUAAAGGACAACUGGGCGAGACAGUCAUUUUUGGCAAGUUCCUCUACCAGUGGGAAGAGGAGGAAUUUGUGAUUUAUCUAGUUGACGGUCGUGAUGGCGCGGAUGCCUAUCCGCAGGUCAAGAACUACUACAUCCUCACGGCGAAUGUCCACAAAGCAGAGCAGCUUGUACUCGCCACCGGGUCAUGGGCAAGCGACUUGCAUAAUGAAGUAUGGGUGUUUGACCAGGGUGGAUUCGAGAAGGAUAGAGAGCUCUGGGAAAGUGCGCAGAAAGCGACCUGGGAUGCCGUGAUCCUGGAUUCAGAUAUGAAGGAAAUGCUUAUCAAUGACCAUGUUUCCUUCUUCGAAUCUAGGCAGACCUAUAAAGGUCUCGGCGUACCAUGGAAGAGAGGACUUAUCUAUCACGGCCCUCCUGGAAAUGGCAAGACCAUCAGCAUCAAAGCAACUAUGCAUAUGCUAGCAGACAGAACCCCAACCAUACCUACCGUCUACAUUCGUAGUCUGGAAUCAUGGAUGGGGCCCCAGUACUCUCUUCAUGUUAUUUUUGAAAAGGCUAGGGAGUUUGCGCCCUGCUACUUAGUGUUCGAAGACAUUGAUUCACUUGUCACACCCGAAGUAAGGAGCUACUUCUUGAACGAGGUUGAUGGCCUAAAAGAGAAUGAUGGUAUAUUCAUUAUCGCCAGUACCAACCACUUGGAACUUUUAGACCCGGGAAUCUCGAAACGCCCAUCUCGGUUCGACAGAAAGUAUUAUUUCCCCGACCCAAACCUUGACCAGCGAGAGGCAUAUUGCCGCUUUUGGCAGAAGAAGCUGAAGCCAAAUAAAGACAUUGAGUUUCCAGACAGGCUUUGCAGAGCUAUUGCUGAGAUCACGGACAAAUUCAGCUUUGCCUACAUUCAGGAAGCAUUUGUGGCAGCACUACUGGCAAUCGCAGGGAGGGCCAAGGCAAUUCCAUCAAAGUCGAGUUCCGAGGGGGCUUGGGUCUUGGUGGGCGAUGAUCAAAGCUCCGGACACAUACGGGAUGAUAGCGACCUGGACAAACUGGAGCUCUGGGUUGAGAUCAAGAAGCAGAUCAAGAUUCUUCGGGAGGGCAUAGAGGACGAGGCUAGCAUGUAA